UUACGAAUAAUUACUUUAGUUGAAGAUAAUUAUUAAUUAGAAAUUAAUAUAAACAAAUGAUAUACAUUGUCAGGCAGGUAGGCCGGUGAUAUAAAAAUAUGAAAAAAAAAUAAGUGACAGACGGCAGUCUUUAUUUAAGAAUGUUACUUGAAUUCACAUUGUUUUUAAGAAAAAUCUAGCAUGUACCACCUUUAUAUCGUAACAAAAGCUGUACUAAAAUAAACACCACCUAUGCUCAACAUUUAUAAAGCCAAGUCUUCCUUGACGAGUGAAAAGUUAUGGAGUCCAGCUGUGUAAACAUCAAUGAAGACUGACUAGUCAAACUCACUUUACUUGUUUGCAGGCUUUGCAUUGCACCUACAUUUGCCUAUAAAAGCAUUUGGCCUCUCCCCUGUUAAUAGUCAGCAAGCAUUACAAUACAACCUUUGUUUUUGAAUCUAGGAGCAAAGCUGGUCUCUAACAAUCAACUCUUUCACCUCUUUUUGUUUCUUUGUUUUUUCCAGAUUACUUGUUUGCAUGCCCAACUCUGCACUCAACAACAGACCUCUGCAUUGCUCCAAUUUAAGCAACAAUUUUCCUUCAAUAAAUCUGCUUCCGACGAAUUUUUCUGUGAUUCUGAUUAUUACGGAAUCCAUUCUUACCCGAAGAUGGAGUCGUGGAAGGAGGGUUUCUGAUUGUUGCUCAUGGGAUGGGGUCGAGUGUGACAACAACACAAGUCAAGUAAUUGGCCUCGACCUCAGUUGCAGCUGGCUCAACGGCACCAUCCACCCCAAUACCACCAUCUUCUACUACUUUCCUCACCUCCAAAGCCUCAACCUUGCUUUCAAUGACUUUGUCCCUAUAGAAGUCUCCUUUCUGAGCAAAUUGGUCUCGCUUGAUCUCUCUUCCAAUUAUGGUUUGAGGUUGGAAGAACCUGGAUUUGAAUUACUUGUUCAAAACUUAACCAAGGUAAGAGAACUUAAUCUUGCGAAUGUAAACAUAUCUUCAGUGGUUUCCAAUUCCUUGCUCAAUCUGACUUCUUUAACACUUCUCGAUCUUAGUGGGUGUGGAUUGCUUGGAAAAUUACCUGACGGAAUAUUCCAUUUACCACAUCUGAAUGAGCUGAGUUUAUUCUAUAAUCUUGCUCUCACUGGUUAUUUUCCCGAGUUUAUAAACUCGAGCAGUCCUCUCCAGUACUUGGUGCUUUCAUACACUAAUUUCUCCGGAGAACUACCCGACUCAAUUGGGAAUUUGAAGUCCUUGAAAAUGUUGUAUGCCUCUCUUUGUAAAUUUUAUGGAUCCAUUAUGGAUCCAUCCCUACGUCGCUCGGAAACCUUACGGAAAUUAUUCGUUUAGGCAUCCGAUAUAACAAUUUCACUGGCAUGCUCCCAUCUUCACUUUCAAACCUUAGAAAUCUCGUCGGGUUGGACGUUCGGGGUAAUAAUUUUGAAGGUAAAAUCGUAGAUUUUUUACCUAAUGUAAAAAGUCUUCUUUAUUUAUAUAUUUUUUCAAAUAACUUUGGCGGUCCAUUCCCAUCAUUGCUUGCAAACCUAACAUCACUUGUUGAGUUAGAUUUGUCAGAUAAUCAGCUAGCGGGACCUGUUCCAUUACAAAUAAUUGGACUUCCAAAUCUAACAUGGUUAAGUUUAGGUGACAACUUAAUCAACGGUGCAAUUCCAUAUUGGGUCUUCAGCUUGCCAGCAUUGAAAUACUUUAACCUCAGUAAUAACAAAUUGACUGGCCAUAUAAAAGAGUUCAAAUCCAUUCAUUUAACUGUAGUUGAUUUGAGCAAUAACAACCUACAUGGUAGGUUUCCAAGUUCAACCUUCAAACUCGUAAACCUUACUAGUCUCAUUCUUUCAUCAAAUAACUUCAGUGGUGAGCUAGACAUGCUCUGUCAUGCAGUUUCCCUUCAAUUUCUUCUCCUGUCUAGUAAUAGCUUUAAUGGUUCUAUUCCACAAUGUUUAGGAAACUUCAGCGCACAUUUCUCUGUUGCGGAAGAAUAAUUUUUCUGGCACCAUUCCUAAUACAUUUGUAAAGGGAAAUUACUUUGAAACUAUCAACCUUAAUGGAAAUGGAUUUGAGGAGAAGUACCAAAAUCUUUAGUCAAUUGCAAAAUGCUAAAAGUGCUAGAUCUUGGAUGUAACAAGUUCUCUGCUAAAUUUCCAUAUUGGUUGGAAAAACUACAGUGGUUGCAAGUUCUAAUAUUGAGAUCUAACAAAUUCCAUGGACACAUGCCAACUUCCAAAGCCAAAUUUCCCUUCCCUAACUUGCGAGUUAUGGAUUUGUCAGACAAUUAUUUUACUGGUCCAUUGCCGAAAAAAUAUUUCAAGAAUUUCAAUGCUAUGAUGAAUGUCAACGAAGCCAGUUAUAAAUUGCAAUAUUUAAGCAUGGCUGAUAGUAAUUGCUAUUGUUUGACUAUAGUAAUCAAAGGAUCAACCAUAGAAAUGGUAAAAGUCCUAACCAUUUUCACUGUAA